AUGACUUUGGUUCAAAAAUAUGGAAGACCAGAUAUUUUCCUAACAAUGACAUGUAAUCCAACUUGGGAAGAAAUAAGUGAUGAGCUACUACCUGGCCAAACACCACAAGAUCGACCAGAUUUGCUUACAAGGGUUUUUCGUGCAAAAUUUGAAGAGUUGAAGAAUGAUGUUAUAAAAAAAGGUGUUUUAGGCAAAGUUCUUGCAUAUGUAUAUGUCAUUGAGUUUCAAAAGCGCGGUCUCCCCCAUGUUCACAUGCUUCUCAUGUUAGAAGAAAAUGAUAAGCUUAAUAGUCCAUAUGAUUAUGAUCAGGUGGUACGGGCUGAAAUACCAAAUCCAAAUGAAGAGUCUGAAUUGUAUGGUGCCAUCUUAAGGCAUAUGAUACAUGGUCCAUGUGGAAUACACAAUUCACGGUCACCCUGUAUGAAACGUGGUAGCUGUAAACGAAAUUAUCCUAAGCCAUUUGCACUAACUACAGUUCAAGGAAAUGAUUCUUAUCCAGUCUAUCGUAGAAGAGACAAUCAUGAUCCAAUCCCAUUAGAUCAUAAUGCACGUAUAAUGGUGGAUAAUCGGUGGGUCAUUCCGUAUAACUCAUGGCUACUCCUCAGAUAUGAUUGUCAUAUUAAUGUUGAGAUUUGUUGCAGCAUUAAGAGUGUUAAGUAUCUGUACAAAUAUGUUUACAAAGGUCCCGACCGAGUAGCUUUUGAAGUCCAUCAUGAACUUAUUCAAGAUGAAAUAAAGCAGUUUGUUGAUGCAAGAUGGGUUUGUGCACCUGAAGCUUUAUGGAGAAUAUUCAAAUUUGUAACUAAUCGACUUUAUCCAUCGGUGGAACGAUUACAAAUUCAUCUUCCCGAAGGACAAACUAUUCAUUUUUACCCUCACCAAAGAGUAGCAGAUAUUUUGGCAGAUGACACUAACUCGAUGACUAUGCUGACAGAGUUUUUUACCAAGAAUACCACUUGCCUGGAAGCAUGA